AUGUUAAUAAUUUAUGGAGGUUAUGAAGGCGUUCUAUUAGGCCUAGAAUUGAAUUUAGAUAAAAAUAAUAACCUAGAAAGUGAAAUAAAUGGCGCUGAGUCCAAAGAAUCCUCUGAUUAUGAACAGUCCAACUUAGUUGACGCCACCCAGUCUUUUAGAGUACUCUGCUCCCAAGGUUCUAUAAAAUGUAUGAGUUUGUCCAACAAUAUACUCGUUUGCGGAGGGUCGGAUGAAACAGUCCAAGUCUAUAACAUAGAGAAAAAAAGGAAACAUGGAGAGAUUAUGCUCUCAGAAGGAUAUAUAACAGCAACAUCGAUAUAUGGAGGCAUGAGCAAAGGGUUUAUAUUAAUCGGAAACGAACACGGAGACAUAUCGAUGUUUACCACGAGAGACUUGAGCUUCGCUAAAUCAUUUAAAGCACACAAGAAGGAGAUAACGGGCCUCUCGAUACACCCAGAGGGGAAGACGUUCAUAUCGACGAGCGCAGAUCGUUGCCUUAGACUGUGGGAUUUGGUCUCGAAAACGUGUGUGUUUAACACUGAGUUGGAUAUUAUGCCACUCUCGGUGGAAUGGUCGAAGGGAACAAAGUACCUGUUGACAUCAGAAAGCAAAGUACUAUCGUGUAGUGCCGAAGAUGACGAGUUUGAGACGAUCUCAACGAAAGAUAAAGUAACCUCAAGUUGUUGGUGCGGAGGAUAUAUCGUAUUAGGAUUUAAAUCGGGAGAAGUGUCAGUUUAUAAGGAAUCUCUAGUUGCAACAGCAAAAGUACACACGAAGAGAGUUAAAUCGAUAUCAUCGAAACAUGGAUAUAUAUUCACUGGAGAUUCUGACGGAGUAGUGCUGUGUUUCCAACUGAAGGAAGAUCAAUUGAAACUGAUAUGGAAAUAUGAUAUAGGAUUCAGGCUCAACGUAUUGGUGUGUUAA